AUGGCCUCUCAUGUGGUUGUGAUUGCCACGGAUUUCCGACGUGCCAAUGUUAAAGUUGGUCCGGGAAGCUACCUUAUCGACGUCCUCGAGGAAGCCUGCAAGAAGCUGAACUUGACAAGCGACAAAUAUCUUCUAAAACAUAACAAGAAGCAAAUCGACCUCACUCUCCCCUUCAGGUCAGCAGGUCUUCCCGGCGGAGCGAAGCUCGAGCUCGUCGUCAAGUCCAAUACCCCGUCUGCAGUGUCCGUGGCCCUCAGGUUACCGGAAAGCGAAGCCAAGCGUGUCCCCAACGGCCGACUCUCAGACAAAUUUCGAAGCGAUACCACACUAUGGAAAAUGCUACGGCAUUUCGAGAACACCUCGGCCGCGGGUGGGCAGCCCUUGAACUUCACGCAGAGGGGAGUUCCUCAGACCAGUAAUGGUGUUCAAGCUGGUAGUGGGCAGCUGUAUUACGAAUGUCCGGCCAUAGUGAUCAUGGGAAGAGAAAUAUCAUCACUGCCCGAUUUCCAGAAGACUCUAUCACAACUUGGGGUUAAUUCUGGUAGCGUGCUGAUGCAGCUGGCCUUCAAGAAGACGGACAAGACACUGGACGAUACCAUGAAGGAGAUUGAGCUGUUUUUCAAAGACGCCGACGCGGGGGUGGUGAAGAAAGAAGAGCCACAGACUGUGCCAGCUGCCUCUGAAAGUGAAGCCGCCUCAUCGGUUGAGACACCAGCUGGCGCGACGACAGAGUCAAAUGCUGUAUCUGAUCCCGUAGAUCCCCAGGAGGCUUCAGAGCGCUCAACUGAGCCGCCAGCACCGGAACCUAUGGAUGUCGACUCGCAAGUACCCGCAGACCCAUUACAGCCGGUCAAUGUCUACUCCGCACCAAGUGGCUCAAGUACCAUCCCAAUAGAAGAGCCGGACUCCGUCUACGUUCCCACGAUUGCGCAUGCACAACUACACCAGCAAAGACUACAGGCUAGUGGGCAGAAUAAGCGCCUCCUAUCAGACAGGGAGCUACAGGAGCGUGCUGCUGCUCAAGAAGCAAAGCUGGCAGCUAUCAAAUCGGUUGAUGUUAAGGGACGGUUCCCGGAUCAGACAUCCGUUGAAUGGCGAUUCGGACCAGAUGCUACCGGUGCUACUCUGCACAAAGCGGUACGACUAGUCAUGGCAAAUGAGACGGCCAAGAUCAAGCUUGUGCUUCCCGGAGGUAAAGGCUACAUUCAAGAUGAAGAUGGCCCUCAGCAUAGGCUGAUUAAGAGCUAUCAGCUUGAGGGGCGGGUUCUUGUCAAUGUAGUAUGGGAUGACAGCGUCCCGCAAGAUGUAAAGAAACAGCCCUUCUUGAAAGGCAGCGUCGCUAGCGAGGCCAAAGAGUACAAGCCUCCGCCAGUGCCACAGGGAGAGGAGGAAGAGGAAGAAAAGAAGCCAGCCGCUCCAGUCAAGACUGAGAGCAAGCCCAGCGGCAGUGGAGAGAGCGGUGGAAAGAAACUACCAAAGUGGCUCAAACUUCCGGGAAAGAAAUAA